GAAUUUUGUAUGAAAAAAGUUUGAUACCUCGAAUUAUUUAAAUAAAAAUGCCGCCCAAGCGAAAAACACAAUUGCAAUUUAACACAAAAACUCAGAUACCGAAUCGAGUGCAGCGGACAAAUAUUACAAGUGCAGCACCAAACGUUUGCGUUAAAUCGAAUCAUGGCUCCGAAAUGGAGAAUAGCAUUCCCAACGAAAUGGCACCGUUGGUGAAAAUUCCAUCUUCAUCCAAUCAAUUUGCCGUGCCGCAAUUCAAUACAAUUGUACGGAAGCAUGGAGAAGCCACGGCAUUGCAGAAUAUGCGCGUUGCAGUUGCUCCUGAUCUCACCCCCCGUUCCAAGGCGGCCAUAGCACCAAAUGUUACCAAGAAGAUGAACUUUGCGCCAAAUGCAGCAGUAUUUAAGAAUCUGACGCCACUGAACGUUAACGACUCGCUAUAUGAAAUGAACAAGACCAAAGCUGCUUCAUCCAAAUCCAAGGAGUCUAUCCAAAAAUGUCAUCAAGCGGAGCCAACAUUGGAGGAGUUUGUUGAGAAGAUUGAUCAUUUUCGUCUUAUAAUGCCGGAACCAGAACUACAACUUGACUUUCCACGCGAAGACUUUGAUUUUCUAGUGGCCUAUAAAAAAGUCUAUGGUUAUGAUUAACAUCUAAUGCGUAUGUUUAUUUUUAAAUUAUACAUUUUGUCGUAUGCAAAUAAAUGUAAGUGGGAUGUAUCGUUCCUUAUAAG